CCAGGCCGCUUAGAACUUAAGUCAUUAAAAUGCAACGUUUCCAACUGCUAAUUCCGCUGCUCUGCUGUCUGGCAGCGCUUGGCCUGGCAUGCCAGGACACAGCAGCAACAACAGGAGCAGCAGCAGCUAGCAAGGACUGGUGGGAAACUGCGCAGUUCUAUCAAAUAUAUCCACGCUCGUUUAAGGACUCCAAUGGCGAUGGCAUUGGCGACCUGAAUGGCAUAACCAGCGAGUUGGAGUAUCUCAAAGACUUGGGCGUAACUGCAGCUUGGCUGUCGCCCAUUUUCAAGUCACCCAUGGUGGACUUUGGCUACGACAUCAGCGACUUCUAUGACAUACAACCGGAGUACGGCACGCUCGACGAUUUUCGCGCGCUGAUCAAGCGAGCCAACGAGCUGGGCAUCAAGAUCAUACUCGACUUUGUGCCCAAUCACUCGAGUGAUGAGAACGUUUGGUUCAAGAAGUCGGUGGCACGUGAGCGAGGCUACGAGGACUACUAUGUGUGGCAUGAUGGCAGGUUGAACAGCAGCACGGGCAAGCGUGAGCCGCCUUCCAAUUGGCUGCAGGCAUUUCGCGGCAGCGCUUGGCAGUGGGUGGAGGAGCGUCAGCAGUACUAUCUGCAUCAAUUUGCAGUGCAGCAGCCGGAUCUGAAUUAUCGCAAUCCCGCUGUGGUGGAGCAAAUGAAGCGCGUGCUGCGCUAUUGGCUGAAUGAAGGCGUCGCUGGCUUCAGAUGUGAUGCGGUUCCAGUGCUGUUUGAAGUGCAGCCCGAUGCGCAGGGGCAGUAUCCGGAUGAGGAGGUCAGCGGCUUGACUGACGAUGUGGACAAUCGCAGUUAUCUCAAAUCGGAGCUGAUUGAGAAUCUGCCAGAGACCAUCGACAUGGCCUAUCAAUGGCGCACAGUCAUGGACGAUUACCAGCGCAUUCAUGGCGGCGAUACGCGCGUGCUGCUCAUUGAGACCUAUGCGCCUCCCGCCUACACUAUGCAGUUCUAUGGCAAUCGCUCCGUGGAGGGCGCGCAUUUGCCCUUCAAUUUCAAUCUGAUUACUGUGCCCGCCAGCAGCGGCUUCUCUGCGAAGUCGGUGAAGACAGCAGUGGACAAUUGGCUGCUCACAAUGCCGGCGGGUCGUGUGGCCAACUGGGUGAUAGGCAAUCAUGAUCAGCGACGUGCGGCCAGUCGCUAUGGCGUGGCUCAUACGGAUGCAAUGAAUAUGCUGGUGAUGCUGCUGCCUGGCGCCAGUGUCACCUACCAGGGCGAGGAGCUGGGCAUGACCGACGGCUGGAUUAGCUGGGCAGACACCAAGGAUCCCGCCGCUUGCAAUUCGAACUCCGAGACUUAUGAGCAGUUCACGCGCGAUCCUUCGCGCACGCCCUUCCACUGGAGCAGCGGCGCCAAUGCGGGCUUCAGCACAGCCAGUCAGACUUGGCUGCCGCUGGCGGAGAACUACAAGACGCUGAAUGUUGAGGUAGAAUCAGCAGCUGCACACUCGCAUCUGCAGAUCUACAAGUCGCUGGUGGCGCUGCGUCGCAGCUCCAAGACGCUGCAGUGGGGCGCCACCAAAUACGCCGUGCUCAAUGAGCAAGUGUUUGUGGUGAAGCGCUCGCUGGCGGGCUCGCCGAGCUUCGUUUAUGUGGCCAACCUUGGGGAAAGUGCUGCUGUCACUGUUAACCUCAGCGAGUUUGACAAGAGCCUGCCUAGUCUAUUGACGUUACGCAUACGCAGCAUAGACUCGAGCAAGGCUGAGAACUCUUUGUAUGAAAGCAACGGCCUGAGCUUGGCUGCCGGCGAGGCUCUCGUGCUGAGCUCCAACUGAGCUGCCCGUGGUCUAGCCAAUUAAAUUUACUCACGCAUACUUGUAAAAACUUCUCACAAACACACACACACACACACACACACCCCCGUUGCAUAUUUCGACGUGUUGCUUUGACUCAAAGCAAAUAUGCCGUCACUUGCAUAAAUAAAUAAAUAAACAAGCCAACAAAACAAA